AUUGUAAAUAAGAAUUUGUUCUUAACUGACUUGCCUAGUUAAAUAAAGGUUAACUACUGUUGUGCUGCUGACUGUACAAUCCGUCUUCAACUGGAGUGCUGCUGCCUGCUACGUCAGGCACUAUGCGACAUUUUCUUUGACAAUGGAAUAGCUAGGUAAUUUGAAAGAAAUGUAUACGUUGUUGAUACAUUGAUGCAAUGUUUACCUGGACAAGUAAUCGCGCACUAUUGUAUCAUCAGACUAUUUGUGCUUCUGUAGCGGAUAUUCUCGGUGAAUGAUUUCAGGAAUAUAUCCUACCAUGCAGCCGGAAGGAACAUUUACAUGUGCAUGGUUUAGAGUAAGUACUGUAUCGCUUUCCGUCUCUCUUUUACGUCAAAACUACUGAUAAGUUUUCUAGGGCGAAGGGAGUAGGAAGAAAAACGAAGAUAUUUUUGCUCAAGGAUAUGGAAUUUGACCCUCGUCUUCCUGAUCUUUUCUAUGUGAUGCUUUAGGAUAGAGCACAAUGGCCAGUCCAGCACCAGCAUGCUGCAAUACCCCUCCAUGUCCAGAUGGGGGAGCGGCGGUGGCCCAAAAGACAAAGCACUUCAUCACGGAUGACUGUGAGCUGAGCAAGGAAGAGCUGGAUGGCCUCAUGAGGGAAGGAGAGGAGAGUCGUCCCUUCCUGGUGGUCCAUCAUCUGCUUGAUGUGAAGGAGGCAGGUGUGCCUGUGUUACUGCCUGGGACUCCAGUCAUCUGCAGAGUGGACAGCACCGAGAGAUACACUACGCGCUCCAAGGUCCGUGUGUGCACUCUGUACACUGUGAAGCUGACCCAUGGCAAGUUCACCUGGACGGUUAAAAGGAAGUACAAGCACUUCCAGGAGCUGCACCGUGACCUCUACAAGCACAAGAUGAUGGCCCACUUCCUGCCUCUGGGAAGAUUUGCAGCCCAGAGAGCGCAACUGAGGGCUAUGACAGAGGAGAUGCCAAGUCUACACGGGACUGAGAGGAUGAGACGAACUUCCAGCAAACCGAAAUACCUUGAGGAAUACCUAAACGGCCUUCUGGAGAAUUCCUUUUGUAAGAACUAUCACGGCAUGCUGGAAUUCCUUGAUGUCAGUGCUCUCUCCUUUGUCAGUGAGCUUGGACCCAAAGGCCUGGAGGGUUCCAUCUUCAAAAGGUCAGGAGGUCACCGUAUCCAGGGGUUGAACUGUAUUGGUCAUCACCAGUUCUGCUUUCGCUGGUCAAAGCGCUGGCUGGUGGUCAAGGACUCCUUCCUGCUCUAUAUGAACCGGGAAAAUGGGGUCGUCUGCUUCGUACUGGUCUUUGACCCGGAGUUCAAAGUUCAAGUGGGUCGUGCAUAUACUGAUACCAAGUAUGGGGUUUGCAUUCAGAACUUCACCAGGAAUCUGGUCAUCAAAUGUAACAGCUACAGACAGGCUCACUGGUGGAGCCAUGAGAUCAAUAGGCUGGCUGAGCCCUGUGAAUUCCUCCAGGUCCAACGCUUUGGGGGCUUUGCCCCGCCACGGGAGAACACACUCACUAAAUGGUAUGUAAAUGGAAGUGGCUACUUUGCAGACCUGGCUGAUGCUCUGGAGCAGGCCAAGGAGGAGAUCUUCAUCACAGACUGGUGGCUCAGCCCAGAGGUUUUCCUGAAGAGGCCAGCUACAGACACAUACUGGCGCCUGGACCAGAUCCUCAAACGCAAAGCAGAACAAGGUGUCAAAGUAUGUGUGCUCCUGUACAAGGAGGUGGAAAUGGCCCUGGGAAUCAACAGUGGCCACAGCAAGAGGACACUGAUGGACAUGCACCCCAACAUCAAGGUGAUGCGACACCCCAACCAUAUGUCCGCUGUGGUGUUUCUGUGGGCCCAUCAUGAGAAGAUGGUGGCCAUUGACCAAUCAGUGGCUUUUGUGGGAGGCUUGGACCUGGCCUUUGGGAGGUGGGACGACAGUCAGUACCGGUUGACUGAUACGGAGACAACCAAUCAUAUCUCUGAAGAUGAACCAAAGGCUCCACUGGCUGAGCCAGAAGCAGCUGAUUCGGGUGACCAGGUGGAUGGGUCAGACUUGGCCCAGGAUCCAAAGCCUACAGAGCCAGAGGAGGUCAACCAUGUGGACCUGACGAACAACACCCAGUUGUGGCUUGGCAAGGACUACAGCAACUUCAUCAGGAAGGACUGGGUCCAACUGGACCGCCCAUUCGAAGACAACAUUGACCGCACUGAGGUGCCCCGUAUGCCGUGGCGUGACUUGUCUGCUGCACUCCACGGCAAAGCUGCCAGGGAUGUGGCCCGCCACUUCAUCCAGCGCUGGAACUUUGCCAAGAUCUUUAAGUACAAGAACAUCCGAGGCAAGUUCUUCCCUUGCCUUCUGCCCAAGUCUCACAGUACUGUUGACCCACUGCCAUUCACUGUGCCUGGCUCCGGGAAGGCCUCUGUGCAGGUGUUGCGUUCUGUGGAUCGCUGGUCAGCCGGCACUUGUGAGAGCUCUAUCCUCAAUGCCUACAUUCAUACCAUCGAGAACAGCGAACACUACAUCUACAUCGAGAACCAGUUCUUCAUCAGCUGUGCUGACGGGAAGAACGUGCACAAUGGCAUUGGUGACGCGAUCGUGAAGAGGAUCCUACGUGCACACAGUGAGCAGAAGAAAUACAGGGUGUUUGUGGUGGUGCCCCUGCUGCCUGGGUUUGAAGGAGACAUCAGUGAGGGAGGUGGGAAUGCCAUCCAAGCUAUACUACACUUCACUUACAGGACCAUGUGCCGUGGAGAGUACUCCAUACUGAUGAGAUUGAGAGAACUUGAGAACCAGUGGAGCAAGUACAUCACCCUGUGUGGCCUGCGCACGCACUCCCAGAUCUCCCAGUCCCUGGUCACAGAGCUCAUCUACGUACACAGCAAGACCCUCAUAGCUGAUGACCGCCGCUACAUCAUCGGCUCGGCCAACAUCAAUGACCGCAGUAUGCUGGGCAGCCGGGACAGUGAGCUGGCUUUGCUGGUGGAGGAUGAGGAGAGGGUCCCCUCCAUAAUGGGAGGAGAGGAGUACCAGGCCGGACCCCUCACUUUGGCACUGCGCAAAGAGUGUUUCAGGGUGCUUUUAGGAGCUGAUUCUGACCCCAAGAUCGAUAUCGAUGACCCAAUCAGCGACCGUUUUUUCUUGUUGGGAUGGAACGCGGCGGCAAAACUGAAUGCUAAGAUUUAUGACAAGGUCUUCCGCUGCCUCCCCUGCAACUCUGUCCACAGCAUGAGGGAGCUGAAGGAGCAUUCAGGCCUGGAGCGCCUGUGUGACACAGACCCUCAGCAGGCUAAAGAGGAGCUGGAGGCCGUCAGGGGGCUACUGGUCCACUUCCCCCUCAACUUCCUGUCAGAGGAGAGUCUGCUCCCCCCACUGGGCAGCAAGGAGGGCAUGGCUCCUACGGGACUCUGGACAUAAGAGUACCAGACUACCAGCCACAAGAGCCGGGAUGACACUGAAAUAUCCCAGUACAGAAGGGGAGCGCUUUAUAGAUUUUAUCACCUUUGCCAGAUACCACUCCAUUAUUAAUAAAAAGAUUGGAACAAAAUGUAUUCUAAACUGACCUAGCUCAAAAACACUAACUGAUGUGUCUACGAAGAAUGCAAUUAGAUGCAAGAUGUUUACAUACUGUAGCUGUUGAUACAGAGUGGAUUUGAACUCUGUUAAAACGGUCAAACAUUUCAAAACAAACCCGAUGAUAAUGUAUCCCAGGGUUCCCCAAUUGGCGGCCCACAGGUAAUUUUAUUUGGCCCCCCAUGUUUUCUGAGCAAAUAAAUCAAUUAAAAAUAUAAUUUUUGGGGACACAAAAGACUGUAAAAACACCAGCAAAUCAGCUCAAAGUGAUUUUAAUUUUGGAAAUCUGUUCCAAGUUAUUCCCACGCAUAAUGGAGAGAUAUCCACAGUGUAUAAAACAUUAGGAACGCCUGCUCUUUCCAUGACAGACUGACCAGGUGAAAGAUAUAAUCCCUUAUUGAUGUCACUUGUUAAAUCCACUUCAAUCAGUGUAGAUGAAGGGGAGGAGGCAGAUUUAAAGGAGGAUUUUUA